AUGUCCCACCUCACAGACAUCCUGCACCAACACCACUCAGAGGAAUCAUCCAAAAUUGAUGGGCAAAUCUCAUCACUUUCCACAAAACUAAACGACAAUCUCCCACAGGAGUUGUCUAGCACUAUCAUCCAUAUCGCAAGCACUCACAGACCACCAUCCGAACGCAAAACAACACCUAAGUCAAACACCAAACAUCAACCAAAGUGCCCCAAAUCCACAGCAACCACUUCACAUCCCGCGAAACCUGAAAACAAGCAGGUCUCUCAGAAAUGGCCACAUCACCAACAACACAGGGAACCAUCACCUCCCACCUCCAAACCACCAUUAGGAGUACCACCUCCACCCAGCAACACUACACCACUACACCCGCCAAUGACCACAAUACCAGCUCUAACCAGCAUCAUGCAUUCCUCCAUCAAGCAACGACUGAUGGGGAAACAAACACAGUUCCCCACCAUAUACAACAUGUUCAUGAAUGGAAGACAAUAA